AUGCAGGAGACAGAUGAGAGUGAGAACAGCCAUGGAGAAAUAGCCAUUGAGGGCUUCAGAAAUGUCCCUGUUGAAAAAGCUACAUCUGAUGACAUAAGAAGCCAGGAAGAACAGAGCACAAGUUUUUCUGUAUCCUCGGUGAUGGAGACAGAUGAAAGUGAGAAAAGCCCUAGAGAAAUGGCUGUUGAGGACUUGAGGACUGUUCUUGUUGAGAAAGCUACAUCUGAUGACAUAAGGAACCAGGAAGAAGAGAGCACAAGUGUACCUUUAUUCCCAGUGAUGGAGACAGAUGAGAGUGCGAAAAGCCCUAGAGAAGCAGCUGUUGAGGACUUCAGAAAUGUCUCUAUUGAAAAAGCUACAUCUGAUGACAUAAGAAGCCAGGAAGAAGAGAGCACAAGUGUACCUUUAUCCUCGGUGAUCGAGACAGAUGAGAUUGAGAAAAGCCCUAGAGAAGCAGCUGUUGAGGACUUCAAAAGGUUUCUUGUUGAGAAAGUAAAUCAUUCAUUUAUUUCUAGAUUCAUGUUUGUAACCAUUGAUUAUAUGUAA